UUCGUGCUGUAUUGACAUCCGUGUCUCUCAGCCCUCUCUCACCACUGUCAGAACCACACUCCCUCGGACUUUGUAGUCACCCGGGCCGCUGUCGCUGUGAGGUGAGCAGGCUGUUGUCUACAUGAGGAGCGGGCUGUAGGAGCUCAGCAGCCGGACAGGAGGGAUCAUGGUUGGGCUGCUGCUGGUGUUUCUCGGGGGGUUGAUGGAGGUCUGCGGCGGAGUCUCAGCUAACAGAGGAGGGUAUCCCACUUUCACGGACGAAAUCCCUUUCAAAAUCACCUGGCCGGGCGCUGAAUUCACGCUGCCUGCUACAGGGGGGCUGUACAAGGAGGACGACUUUGUCAUCAUGACAACAACAGAGAAGGAGAAGUAUAAAUGUCUCCUGCCCUCCCUGACAUCUGGAGAUGAGGAUGACGAUAAGGGGUACGGUGGGCCCAGUCCGGGCGAACUGCUGGAUCCACUAUUCAAACGAAGCAGCUGCUCCUACAGGAUCGAGUCAUACUGGACGUAUGAAGUGUGCCACGGAAAGCAUGUGAGACAGUACCAUGAAGAGAAGGAGACUGGCCAGAAAAUUAGUGUUCAGGAGUACUUCCUGGGGAAUCUGGCACAGCAGAGCCCAUCAACAGAGACGGAUAAAGUUGAAGAGGCAGAAACUGUCAAACCAGCAGCUGAAUUUGAAGUGCCCACUAAGAACAUAGAAGGUCAGCUGACUCCCUUCUUCUCGCUGGGGAUGGGAAACGGGACUCCUUGUGUGCUGAAACAGAACGAGGCUCGCUCAACGUCUGUGCUGUACGUCUGUCAUCCAGAGGCCAAGCAUGAAAUCUUGUCUAUUGCCGAGGUCACGACCUGUGAAUAUGAGGUGGUGGUGUUGACGCCGCUGCUUUGCGCGCACCCAAAAUACAGGUUCAAGUCGUCCCCGGUGAACGCCAUCUUCUGCCAGGCUCUGGCAGGCUCCCCUCUGCGGCCUCGGCGGCUCACCCAGCUGGAUAAGGAGAGAGAGGAGCAGCUUAAACCGCCUUUCAGCGCCACCUCUAGGACCAGAGAGGAGGACACGUCACCAGUCAGAGAGGAGGCCUUCUCCUCCACUCACAAACCCAUCACUGUUGGAGGGCAAACUCAGGUCACUGUCGGCUCCACUCACAUCUCUCGUUUGACGGAUGAUCAGCUGAUCAAGGAGUUCCUUAGUGGCUCGUACUGUCUGCACGGGGGGGUCGGGUGGUGGAAAUAUGAAUUCUGUUACGGCAAGCACGUCCAUCAGUACCAUGAGGAUAAAGAGCAAGGAAAGAACACCGUGGUGGUCGGGAACUGGAAUGCCGUGGAGCACAACGAGUGGGCCAAGAAGAACGUGGCCCGGUCCUACCAGCUCAAAGACGACGGAGUGCAGAAAAUCAAGUUGGUGUCCCACUUUUAUGGACACGGGGAUGUGUGCGAUCUGACAGGGAAGCCCAGACAGGUCAUUGUUAAGCUCAAAUGUAAGGAGUCUGAGUCUCCCCAUGCUGUCACCGUCUAUAUGCUGGAGCCUCAGACUUGUCAGUACAUCCUUGGGGUUGAGUCUCCGGUCAUAUGCAGGAUUCUUGACACUGCUGAUGAACAGGGACUUCUGUCAAUCUUCAGCUAAAUUAACAAAAGAUCACAUGAUGGCAACAGCACAUGAAGGACAAGGAGAGGACGGACGGAUGCACUUGAAGAGGGCGGACAUUUAUCAUAAAGCAGAAGCCUGUUUGGUGGAGGAAGAGAGAUGCCCAUGACACUGCGCUAAAAGCCAAGAUGAAGGUUUAAACUGAAGCCUUAAAGGAGCACAGCCUCAGACCAUGUCCUGAUCUGUGCACUGGGCAACACUACAUCCAGAGAGGCUAGCUCAGACUUUGUGAUAACACAGUGAAUUGGUGCAGACGCCUCACUCCACAAGGCAGUUUAUUGCCUGUACUCCAUAUCUAUGCUUCACUUUGUGUUGAUUAAUUGCAAGCAAAGGAGUAUGAAUCAGGGGAGUCGUUAACAUCAGGGGAAUCACAUUUUUCAUGGUUUUAUUUUCUUUAAGGUGUGUGUGUGUGUGUGUGAUGUGAAAUAGCUGCUUGACUGUGGCACUUUGUACUUGUAGGGGGGGGAAGGAAGCAAGUGUGAAAGUGUUUUGCAGCAGAGAGAAUGUGUAUUGUGUUCAUUUACAGGAUGAGUGAGUGUAAGUUAUGCGUUAGCGGGAGCUGUGGAAUAGCAACACAAGUGAAUGGUUGAUUAAAAUUUCUUUUUAAGUUUGUCGGAUGUACGGAAUGUCUGUGGGUUUGAGGUGUUUUAUGUAGAUGCACACUGGAAUCCUGAUCAACGCUGUAUCACGGGGAUACAAGCCUUGCAGCAAAGAAUACAACUAAAACAUGGAAUCUCUAUUAUAGAGUUGCAUUACCGAACAGGAACAAAUAAAUCAUCUGACUUGACUGGGAGAUAUAAGGACAUUGUGGUAAUAAAUGCCUUCUUAAUAAGUA